AUGCCUAUACAAGUUGCUCUCGGUUGGCGUCUAGGGCUUGAAUAUUUCAAUCCUAUUUUUGAUGAACUAUACUGUGUACUUGCUCAGAAUGCCACUGAGUUGCUUAUUGUCGGCGUGAACUUCACAGAAUUCCCGAGAAUUGACAGCGACAAGAGAAUCGACAGCGACAAGAGAAUCGACAGCGACAAGAGAAUCGACAGCGACAAGAGAAUCGACAGCGACAAGAGAAUUGACAGCGACAAGAGACUUGAGAGCGACAAGAGAUGGUAUAAUGCGGAAAUGUCCGACGGGUCUAGGGUUUUGGUUUUGGUUGUUCUUCCUCCUGCUCGGGGGCACUAG